AUGUCAACAAAGGCCAGCGAAGAGGAAACUUCCUCCCAUCUGGACGAGAGCGAUAUCGGGGAUGAGUUUAACGAUGAUGAUGUCGAGAAACUGGGAUAUUUCCCCGGAAAAACCGUAACGCUGCAGAUGCUGCUCGGAGCGCACGUCCUCCAGCCGGGCAAGGGAGCGAUGACGAUCGAGUAUCUGGGUCAAAAGUUCGUCGGUGAUCUGCUGGCGGACGGGAAGAUCAAAUCGCAGGAAACGGAAACCAUUUUCUGUUCGCCGAGUGCCUGGGCCAUCUACUGUAAGCGAAUCAUCAACCCGGACAAAAAGUCCGGCUGCGGUUGGGCGUCGGUGAAGUACAAGGGCCGCAAGCUGGACGCCUACAAGGCGGCCUACUAUCGCAAGCAGCAGAAGGAGCGCGAUCAGCAUCAGAAGGAUGACCUGCCACCGGGUGAAGAACUGGCCGAGGAGACGGAAGAGGAUAAGACGGCGAUGGAACCACCGCCGGUUCGGCGGAACAUUGUCGCUCACAACACGAUCAGCAAUCGCAACGUGAUGCACGACUCAAACACGUUGAUCGAGGCUGUGCCGUUCACGUCGCUUGGGAAGAUGCAACCGUUCCUGGUGACGGUCAGCACGUCCACGCUGCUCGUGAUGGACUUCCACUGCCAUCUGACCAACCACGAGGUGUGCGGAUACCUGGGCGGCACCUGGGACAUUAAUGCGCACAAUCUGUCGAUCACGCACGCGUUUCCGUGCCGCAACACGCGGCACGAUCGCGAUAAGGCGGCCCUCUGCGAGCUGCAGAUCCAGAAGCUGAUGAUCAAGAAGAACAUCAAUCUGGUCGGUUGGUACCAUUCGCAUCCCCGGUUUCCGGUGCAGCCGACCCUGCGCGAUUGCGACGCCCAGCUCGACUACCAGAUCCGGAUGCGUGGCCCAACCGAAGCUUCGUACAUUCCCUGCAUCGGCUUCAUCUGCUCACCUUACGAUGAGCAGAACACGGCGCUGGAGUCGAACGUAAUGUCGUUCUGGGUGACGCCACCGCCGGAAAACCGUCCGUCCGAGUACGGCCGGCCCAUGCUGAUGACGUACACGCUCGUGCAAGACGAAACCCUUUCCGAGGACGUGAAGGAAGAGAUGAUGCUGACCGUCGACUACUACAAGCAGUUCAAGCGGGAACUCAUCAACUUCCAAUCGAUUUACGGGGCCCGCGACGUUCCGUACAUUGAGAAGCUGCGCCGCUCGCUGUCGCCACGCUUUCCGCGCGAUUCCACCUCGGGCCACUUUUGGAACUGGGUUCGCGAACUGCUGGGACUCGAUCCGGAGGAGAUCCCGGAGGUGGCCGUCGUGGUGACCAGCGCUCCGGAACCACCGAUUGCACCGCCUCCCACGGCACCGGCAAAGUUGGGAGAAGAGCCUAGCUCGGGGCCACCGAUUGUCAAUUUGGUAAACAGCGCCGAGGAGAUGGAGACGAAGAACGAGGACGAUUUCGAUUCCGAGAUGGGCGAUUCGGAUGUCAUUUCGCUGAAGGAUGAAGACGGCAAGGGACCGGCGGCGGUCGGUGGGCCGGCCAUAGCAGUCCCCAGCCUUCAGGCCCAGCUGAAGCGUCCGUCCGGCUUGAACAUGACACCAUCGCCCCUGUCCAGCGCGCUCGUUGUGCUUCCAACAAACCUCAGUCAAACGGCGCCACCCGGCCAACCGCAGGGAGCCCCCGGGGGUGCCAGUGCCACGGCCCCUUCUGCCGCCACUAACCUCAGUAUGAACAACAACCAGGCACCCAGCUCUGUACCACCACCGCCCAGUUCUGUGGCCAGUAACAAUCAUCAGACUCCGGCGGGUCACCACGGAACGCACGGUACCAUCACGGUGGCCGGAAGCUCCCUGAUGAACGCCACAAACACAUCGUCACCGCGUGACAGCCCCAUCACGAUCCCUUCGAACUCGGCCAGUCCCGCGAAGUUUGAGGUACCGGUCCGGGCGAGCCCGUCCCCUGCCAAGUCGGACACUUCGUCGUGCCGCAGUCGCACACGGAACUCGCCCGCCCCAAGCCCGGGCAAGCUAUCGAUCGGCGACAUUCUCGGCUCCAGUAGCUCCGUCGGCGGUGGUGCCGGUAAUCGGAAUAGCCCCACACUCAGCUCACUGAUUGGAGGCUCUGGCGGUGGUGGUGGUGGUGCUGGUGCCAGCUCCUCGAAUAUCCACGACCUGUACGCGGCCACCUUUGCGUCACUGGGCACGGCGCUACCGGCGAACUUACUGUCGCAAGAGUACGCCGCUCUGUUCGGUCAGGGACAGGGCGGUGGUUCGGGUUCGGGUGGUGGCAACAGUAAGCAGCGCGAUGAGUACGGCCUGUCGGCACUGACCGCACUGGCACAGGUGGCGGCCGCUUCCGGUCUGUCCAACUCGCAGAUCAACGAAACGCUUCUUCACAGUCUCAAUCGCAGCAUGUCCUCGAAAGCGUCGUCCGGUGGUGGCCAGGGUGGCUCCUCUUCCUCGCCCUCGACCAUUACGUCGAACAGCGGAGCGGGUUCCGGUGGCGCCGGCGGUUUGCCGGCGAUUCCGAACAUGAAAGAGUUCAUGCAGCAGCUGGAAAAGGGCAAUCUCAGUCUGUUGAUGCAAUCGCAGUACGGCGCUAAUCCCCUGCUGGGAAUGGGUUCCGGUCCCGGAAUGGGUGGUGUUGGGGGCGGUGGAACACCACCACCCCCCACCGGUGGAGGAAAAUCCGGCUCGGGCCGGUCGAGUAAAUCGCGCUCGAAAGCAAACCAAGCGGCAGCGGCCGCCGCAGCCGCCGUGGCGGCCCAGCAGCAACUGCACCAAGCGCAGCAGGCGCUGCUUCAGCACCAGUCAAUGAUGGACUACGCGGAUUUUACCAGCAAAUUCGAUCAAAGCAAACUGGUCGACCUGAUGAAGACGCCCGAAUACUCGCAGAUGUUGCUCCAGCAGGCCCAGGCCCUCGGCAGUUUGGGUAGCGAAAUUUCCAUCGUUAAGAAACCGUCCGGCAAGGGUGCGGGAUCCGGGGGGAGUGCGUCCGGCGGUGCCAACAACAAUCGUGACUCGACGGGGCACGGACCGAUCGGAACUCAGGGGAACAACUCAACUUCGAGCUCGAGUUACGGCGGCGGACAGCACUCGUCGUCCGCCAUCGGUACACCGUCGUCGAUCGGUGGGGGCUCGAAGAAGGAAUCGGCCCAAGAUUUGAUCACCAAACUGCGGACCAUGUUUUCGACCGACUCCUACCUACCGCCGGUGCCGACGGCGGCCGACAUCAAUCUGCUGGUGGAGCAGUCGCAAAAGUAUCCCGUCAUCCAGCAGAUCCUCAACUCGGGCAAUCUGGACGACAUUCAGGUGCUGCUGAAGGCACAGUCCCUGUCGAACAAUGCUCUCGAUUUUGCCUCCUUUCUCGGUGGUGGCCCCGGCGGCACGAACGGGAACUCGAUGGCGGCGGGUCACGGUGACGGAGGGUCCGGCAAGGGCGGCAAGGGAAGUGCCCUGAAGGAUGAUGCCAGCAGCAACAAUAUGACGACCGCUGCGGCGGCUGCAGCUGCCAUGAACCCUUACUUGGGCGUCACGAACCUUUCGGCACUGUUCGAACCGAUCCAGCGUAUGGGUGGUUCCCCGAGUGGUGGCGGUGGUGGUGGCAAGGGCAGCAAAGCGGACAAAGCAUCGAUAGCGGCGGCAGCGGCGGCCGCCGCGGCAGUCAGCAGUGCGUCCAUCACGAAUCCCACCGAUAUGCUGAACAGUUUGUUCACGUCGGCCGCCCACGGUGGUGCCGGAGGUUCGGCCGACAUGAACGCUCUGCUGUACAGCCAGGCGGCCGCAGCAGCCGCGGCCGCCGGAGGAAAGGGUACGGCCGCGGAUUUGAAUCUUCUGUUCGGUGGCGGCUCACUCACGUCCAAUUCCGGAUCGUCCGGUGCGUCGUCUGGUGGUGGUGGUCCGGGUAUGAGCGCUGGUACCGGUUCCGGUGGAAAUGCCGGUGGAAAGGCGGCCGCUGCCGCCGCCGCUCAGGCCAGUCUCGAUUACCUGUCGAUGUUCCCGAACUUUUCGGCCGCGGCAGCCGCGGCCAAGUUGCCCGACAUGUCGUCACUGUUCAGCCAGGAGAAGUACGAAAUUCCGGACCCCCUGUCGAAGGCGACGCUCGAGGCGAACAAUAUGUAUCUGGCCCCGUCGGCCUCGCUGCUCAAGCUGCACCAGGAAGCGUUCAACUCGAUGCUGAUGAAACCACCGAAGUCGUCCUCCAGCUCGACGUCGUCGUCGGGGAAAAUCGAUACGCCGCCACCGAGCGCCUCGAUCAUCCCGUCGCCCGGGUCCCGCUCGACGCCCACCAAAUCGGCCAAUCGCGAAAGCCCUUCCCUUGGUUCGGCAGGCGGUGGUGGUGGUGGUGGCGGUAGCGGCAACUCCAAGUACAACUUUUCGGCCGUCGAUUUGGCCGUCUCGAGCGUGGUGCCAUUGGCCGCCAGUUCCCCGCUCGGGGGAGCCAGUGGCGCGGCGGAUCUGUCGCGGAAAGCCCCUCAGACGCCACCCGUCGACAUGUCGCGCUCGUCACCGGCCAUCCCCGCCACUGCCACCUCGCCCGGUGCCGGGUCGUCGUCCUCGUCGUCCGGCAUACUGCCGCCGUACAAGAAGCGCAUGGAGUUUGCAUCGAUCGCCGACCUGGUGGCCGCUCCACCGGCGAAGAUACCGAAAAUGUCGACGGAAAAUCUUGACCCCUGA